ACGUUUAAACUGUUGCACAGACUGCCUGCUGUCAGAGCACCAGCGGAGCUUUCUCUUCAAGGAGUACUUUUGAUUUGCAUUCUCGGAAGCAAAAUGAAGCGAAGCCACAAUUACAGCUCAUCGGAAAGCGACCUGGACGACAAUGUUGAGGUGGAGAAGGAUAGUGGUGACGAAAAUGGUCCACUUGAUUCUCACGGCUCGAUGUCACCCUCCACAACAACCCAAGUUCAAGCCAGAAAGAGGCGCAGAGGGAUUAUUGAGAAACGGAGACGUGACCGAAUCAAUAAUAGUCUGUCAGAGUUGAGAAGAUUGGUGCCAAGUGCUUUUGAGAAACAGGGAUCUGCUAAAUUGGAAAAAGCUGAAAUUUUGCAAAUGACUGUGGACCAUUUGAAGAUGCUUCAUGCAUCUGGAGGCAAAGGUUACUUUGAGGCUCAUGCUCUUGCUAAGGAUUACCGCAGCCUGGGCUUCAGGGAGUGUCUGGCGGAGACGGCUCGCUACCUGAGCAUCAUAGAGGGUCGGGAUGGUGCAGACCCCCUCCGUAUACGUUUGGUGUCCCACCUCAGCAACUACGCCUCUCAGAGGGAGGUGCAGACUGGACUGGAACACUUAGCCUGGGGCUCUGCCUAUGGGACUGGCCCUGCUCAUCUCCCCCACCCCCUCCUCCUACAACACCACCAGGGCAGGACACCUGCAUCCAGAAGCAAAAGUAGCACACCCUCCUCUUCCUCUUCUUCCUCUACAUCUUCCUCCCCCUCCAUUGAGGCAUCUGGGACAUCCCGACUCAGUGUCAUGCCUCCCACAGAGACCCUCAGGGUGCCUCCCAACGGUUCGCUGGCCCUCAGUCUGUGUGUGCCACCAUCCAAGCUUUCACCACCACUCCUGUCAUCCCUCUCCUCGCUGUCGGCCUUCCCCCUCUCCUUCGGUGCUUUCCCUCUGGUGUCCCCGAUGGCCCUCAGCACAGUAAGCCCCUCCUCCACCCUGUCAAAGCCUUACAGGCCGUGGGGCACAGAGAUUGGGGCCUUCUGAAGCUAGAAACUAGACUGACGGCAACAGCUGAGCUGUGCCCAGCAUCACAGACUCGGAAGGACAACCUGCCUCUGUUUUUAUAGCAAUAAAACCCAGAGGAUAAAGCAAACUGAUUUCCUUUUAUACAAGUAAAGAAAAAGUGGGAGAGGUCUUUCUCAGUUUGUCAUUACUCUAAAGAAAGGAAUUCUGAAUGAUUUAAUGUUAUCCAUUGACUAAUUAGUUAACAUGCACUGUCUCCAGGCUGAGGACUGAUAUGGGCCAUGAAUAGAUUUACUCUACGCACAAGUAUAGAGGUUAUUUUUUGUCGUCCACACACUGAAACUUCUACAUUUGUCGAGCAUUGGAUGUCUGUAUUUAACAUAACAUAGAGUUCUUUAAUUCGGUCUGCUUCUUUUAGUGGCAUCACUAAAGGAACUCAUAAAGUAAAUAAACAUAUUACAUUUGCCAUUGUUGAAAAACUAACCACUUGAGAAUAGGAAACUUGCAUUAUUGUAUCUAUUUGUAAUAUUUUUGUACCAAUAAAUUGAGUU